ACGCCCGCGUUUGAUGGCGUCUUCCUUUCGAGGUGUUCAGUUCGGCUUCUUUCGAGCCUUUAACCUCGCAUUCGCCGUCACUUUUCCAAUCCCUUCUGACGGCGAUUCGAGGAGCGAAUUCCAGGGUUUUGUGAUUCUUGUCGGGAUUUUGGUUUCUGCGUUGAUUUGAGCUGUUCUUAUCGGACUUGACAAGUGAUCGGCAGGAUUUAGCGGAGUUGAGGAUAGAUUUUGGGAAGAAAUUAUCUAUUCGGAUUGAGAAAGAGGAAGAAGAGAUGAGGGGAAUUCAUAAUAGCGUGGAGACCGUGAAUGGUGUUGCAGCGGUGUUCGUCUCUGCUGAAAGCCGGGUCCAGCAGGUCACGGUUCCGGUACAAGGUUGCACAUAUUUGAUCAUAGCCGGAUGCGCUGUUUGUGGGAGCCAUAAGCACUAAACAACAUUUUACAAGUCUAGGAACAGAUGAAGCUGAAUUUAUGCAUAGGAGAAGAUGAACUGCUUGGCUCAGUGUGUAUUGGUGCUUCGGGUCUCAUGGAAAUGGCAGGCGCAUCAACCAUACAGUCGUUGUUCCUGAACCUGCAUUUUCUUUGUCGGAUGCCCCUGCACUCAAAAAUGCAAGCCAUCCAUCUGAACCGAGGCUUCUAUAUGUUGCACCUCCUUUCUCUCCGGUUUCCUUUCUGCCAUCGGGUACUUCAUCUGCUGGUCAAUCUCCUCCAAACCUUCGACUGCUCACUGUACCCCUCACCAGAACCCUUGCAUUGCAGAACACCUUCAUCUCCUGAGGUGCCAGUAGCCAAAUUGUUGUUUACUUCCCUCGAUACCAACUGCAAGAAGAGUGAGGUGUAUAAGCUCCAAUCCUACCAGUUCUAUCCUGGAAGCCCAAUAGGUUGCCUCAUAUCACCAAGCUCGGGUUGUUCAGGUACUUCAUCGCCUUUCCCUGAUCCCAAAUUCUAUUCCUGUGCUGGUGGCUACUUCCAAUUGUUCCCUAUUGGUGGACCACCAAAAAUCUUAAUUGCUGAAGGGAUUGCUGCACGGCAACUUACACCAGCACAUACUCAAAAUGGUGGGUCACUUUUAGAUCAUCGGAUAUCGGCAGCUGCAUCAAUAGAGGAGUCUGCUACCAUGCCUAAGAAUAAUGAACACUUGGUGGAUCAAUGAGCAUCAUUUGAAUAACUACACAAGAGUUUUCGUUCUGGUUGUAAAUGAAAGUAGCAGAUAGCAGGAGAAUCAGCACUGAUGAUACCUGCCAUGACUUGCCUGAGAAAGUACUGGCUUCUGUUUCCCUCUCUCCGGCUAAAGAGUUCAAAUUUGAUGGAGGGGGUAUUGUCAGAGCCUAAUGUUGGUUCAGACUGGUGGGCCAGUGAGAAGGCCGCUACACAGCAACUGAGCAUCUGGAAGAGUUGGAAAUUCUUCCCAAGAAUACAUCCAGGUGUAAGCUGAAAGGUCACUUUGCCUUGCUUCAUAUACGUCAAGGGAGGAUCCUAUGUCAACUGACCACUGAGUGUCCUCAUCUGAAAUCCCAACGGCAAGUAUCAGAACCACCUUUUAAUAUCUUUGCUCAAGUUACAGUGAAGCAAUUCAAUUGGGCUACAUGAAUUUGACUUUCAGAGAUAGUACAGUUCAUAAGAUAAGAUUUCAAAUGUCUCUUGAUAUGAACUGCAUUUCAUUGUAACAUAUUUGGUGGAAUCAUGGGUUCUGUUCGAGAAUUUCCAAGCAGGUACCUCUAUAUAUUUGGUUCUGAUUCAUCUUCUGUUUA